AAGCAAAGCCACCCGAUUCCGCUGGACCAGCGUCCAGGUUCAACGCUCAGCGAGAAGGGAGAGGCCGUGUGAGUGAGUUGCAUGUUGGCAUCGUGGACUAACACCCACCACUGGCAAACCUCAGAUAUAAUCUGAGGCUCCUCUUUGCUUUCUGAACCGCUCCUGACUCCACGCAGCCUGUCAGUGUCAGACACACAAACACACUCUCUCUUUCUCUCGCCUCAAUGCUAAUGGCAACCGGCUCCAACUCUCUUACUACUCUGCCCUUGUCAAGACUAGAAUUUCCUCUUGCACUGUUCUCUGCUCGACGAACCAAGCUUUCCGCGUCGCCCCUCCCUUCAAUUUCCAAUCUUUCACGCUUCAGGCCAAAUGGGUUCAUUGUAUGCUCCCUUUCAAGUGAUCAUUCCACCACAGGUGAUCAAAUUCUGGACAAGAGCAGCCCCAAGCCUCACGUUCAAAGCUGUACAUGGAAUUGGAGGGGCUACUCAAUCCGCUAUCAAUGUUCUGGGAGCUGCGGUCCUGCCUUGGUUUUAGUACAUGGUUUUGGAGCAAACAGUAGUCAUUGGAGGAAAAAUAUUCCAGUUCUUGCAAAAUCACAUAGGGUGUAUGCAAUUGAUCUUAUUGGUUAUGGAUACUCAGACAAACCAAAUCCUCGUGAGGUUGGGGACUCAUUCUAUACAUUUGAGACCUGGGCUUCCCAACUGAAUGAUUUUUGUAGCAGUGUGGUUAAAGACAAAGCAUUCUUUAUAUGCAAUUCUAUUGGAGAUACUGGGCUAAAUGCAUUUUCCAAUGAGGCUGCUGAGCAUCCAUGGCAGUGCCUUCCUUCUGCCCCGAUGGCAAAAAAGAUGAUUCCCCCAAUUAAAGGACUGGUUGGUCUUCAAGCAGCAGUCACAAAGCCACAGAUCUGUAGGGGUAUACUCCUAUUAAAUAUAUCUCUGCGCAUGCUUCAUAUUACAAAGCAGCCAUGGUUUGGAAGACCUUUCAUCACAUCAUUUCAGAGUUUGCUGAGGAAUACUGCAGUGGGCAAACUUUUCUUCAGAUCCGUUGCCACACCGGAAUCUGUUAGAAGCAUUCUUUGCCAGUGUUACCAUGACACCUCUCAAGUUACUGAAGAACUAGUUCAGAGUAUCCUGCAUCCAGGACUAGAGCCUGGAGCUGUUGAUGUUUUUCUUGAGUUCAUAUGCUACUCAGGUGGUCCCCUCCCUGAGGAAUUACUGCCACGGGUGAAGUGCCCUGUUUUGAUAGCAUGGGGUGAUAAGGAUCCUUGGGAAAGAAUCGAGCUUGGAAGAGCCUAUGGGAAUUUUGAUUCCGUAGAAGACUUUAUCAUCCUUCCUGAUGUUGGCCACUGCCCUCAGGAUGAAGCUCCACAUCUUGUGAAUCCACUUGUUGAGUCAUUUGUGGCACGCCAUUAUAAAUCUCCAGCUAGUGCUUCAACAACCAUUUAAAUCCAUGGUGGAGCUUUUGUUGCUACUCCUAUAUCCAUCAUUGGCAUUCAUGAUAUUCCUUUGCAAAAGCAUUUUCUGGAGGCUGAAUGCUGAGAUUUGCAACGAUUGUUAAUUGAAUGUCACCUUGUCAAUUCUUGCCACCGGUGUUCUUCCACAACUCAUAAGCAAUUAACAAUGUUAUAUAGCAGGAAGCCUAUAUAUUCCUUAGCUCAGAAAGGGGAUUUUGUUUUCUUUUAUUGCGUUAAUGUUUGAUGAUAUUUGACUGCUUUUGCAAGUGCUGAAAAGACCAAUUUAUCUACAUAGGCAAAGCAUGAAUCUGAAGAAACCGUGGCCCUGCAAUAUUUCAAUGUGUUCAAAUGGUGUCGGACAGUAUGUAUUUCGAAGAGCUACACUACUUUGAUAGAGAAUCUUAUGUGCUUGAAUGUGUGA